UCCUCCCAUCGUUCUCUGUUGUGGAACUAGAGAGGAAUCAUGCCUGAACCAGCCAAGUCCGCGCCCAAGAAGGGUUCCAAGAAGGCCGUCACCAAGACCGCAGGCAAAGGAGGCAAGAAGAAGAGAAAGACCAGGAAGGAGAGCUACGCCAUCUAUGUCUACAAGGUGCUCAAGCAGGUCCAUCCCGACACCGGCAUCUCCUCCAAGGCCAUGAGCAUCAUGAACUCGUUCGUCAACGAUAUCUUCGAACGCAUCGCCUCCGAGGCGUCUCGUCUGGCUCACUACAACAAACGCUCCACCAUCACUUCCAGGGAGAUCCAGACCGCCGUGCGCCUCCUACUGCCCGGGGAACUGGCCAAACACGCCGUGUCUGAGGGCACCAAGGCCGUCACCAAGUACACCAGCUCCAAGUAAUUGGACGGAUCUGAUCCAAACAACCCAACGGCUCUUUUAAGAGCCACACACAUGAUCUCAAGAGUUCACGUUUCCUUGUUUUGCUGCAAAAUCUUUCCCCAUGUAGCCAAAUUACUGAAUAGUAAAGCUGAACAUAAAUUGUUUGUGCUGUGAUGAAAACCUGGAAGAGUGCAUUAAUUUUUUUAUUUUUAUAUAAACCUUCAAUUUGCUGAUCGCGUUCAACAGAUGAGAUUAAUAUAGCCACCAUCCAACCAGGAAACAACACUGUCAAGUGACUAAAGCAUGCCAAAUUCUGGAAAUAGUUUCAGUAGCUGCAAAAACAGACGUAUAUUAAAAAAUGAACUGUGCUAUAGUUGGAACAAUGUAAACACCAUUUUUAAUAAAUUUCUUAAUAUAAUUGUAUUUUCUAUUCAGCUAA